CAAACCCAAAGUAUUGAUCAAUUAAAAUACUAUGAAAUCAUUGAAACAAAUGAUAUAAAACACAAUAAAAUAACAAAAAGAAGUGUCGAAUUCAAAGACAAAUUAGUCGAUCAUUUAGUGAUAUUUCGUGCCAUUAAUAGAGACUUUAGUUUAUUAUUAUUGCAUAAUAAGGAUAUAUUAAGUGCUAAUAAAUUGAAUGCCUUUUCCGUGGACUCGAAGGGUCGCAAAGAACCCAUUUUUGUUCAUUUCCACGAAUUCUAUUCGGGAAGAGUUGAUGGGAUUGAGGGCUCGGAUGUGAGGGCACACAUCGCACCCAAUGGUGUGAUGACGGCCUCAAUACAGACGGGGGACGAGACCUAUGAAGUGGAACCCAUUUGGAGACAUUUGGAUUGGGAAGAGUUGAUGGGAUUGAGGGCUCGGAUGGCACACAUCGCACCCAAUGGUGUGAUGACGGCCUCAAUACAGACGGGGGACGAGACCUAUGAAGUGGAACCCAUUUGGAGACAUUUGGAUAGCCAUCACAAUAAGGACUCUAUGAUUGUAUACAAGAAAUCAGACGUAAAACAUUCCUCCACUUCGACGAUAUUCCGAGACUUCAUCAAAAUUGGUGACAAUAUAACUGAAGAAAGGGUUCGAAGAAAAAGAGAAUAUUUUUUGGACGAAAUAACUACUUCUUCAAAGACUAACGAAGAGACAUUCAACCCGACCGGAACUCAUUGCGCUAUUGUCUUAGUGGCCGACCACUACUUCUUUGAGUCGAUGGGAGACUCGAAUCAGAAGAAAACAAUUAAUUAUAUGAUUCAUAUCAUCGAUAGAGUGAACAAUAUUUACAUCAACACUGAGUGGAAGGACGACGAGAAGAAAGUCGGGUUUAAGGGAAUGGGAUUCUUCAUCAAAGAGAUUCAAAUCUAUACGGAACCCACUCCUGAGAGGGAUCACUAUAACUCACGAAACCUAAUCAAAACUGCGGCAGAAUUACUCGAAAUCUUUUCGCUGCACAGAGAGCACCAGUACUUCUGUUUGGCGCACCUCUUCACUCACCGACCAUUCUCUGAGUUGGGAUCGGGAUAUACAGCCUCUACACGUUUUGGUCCAACAGGAGGUAUAUGUAGCCCCAGUUAUAUCUGUACAAAAGGCAGACACACCGGCAAAAGAAUAUUUCCCAACACAGGAAUCACGACAACGAAAAACUUUGUCGGAAAAACUAUUACUACGAGAACAGCCGUAUUAGUGACGGCCCAUGAAUUGGGACAUAAUUGGGGCGCAGAUCAUGACCCCGACACUGAAGAGUGCUCACCUAAUUCAAGGAAUGGUGGCUUUUAUAUAAUGCAUAUGUAUGAUGUCACUGGUUAUGAGACAAAUAAUAAGUGCUUCACUGAAUGUCAUUUCGUAUUCCAGUUUUUCUCGCCGUGUAGUAAGCGCUCAAUUCGUGCCGUUUUGAAGGAAAAAUCCAAACGAUGUUUCUCCAUACCGGAAAAGUCUUAUUGUGGUAAUAGUAAAGUGGAAGUGGGCGAAGAGUGUGAUGAAGGCUUACUGGUUAAGGGAGAUGACUAUAAACACGGUCUCUGUUGUGACAGCAAAUGUAAACUAAUAUCCGGCGCUGACUGUAGUGACAAGAAUUCGGACUGUUGUGCGUCCUGUAGGAUAAGACGGGCCGGAGUUGUCUGCAAACAUGAGGAUGAACUCAAUUGCAAAGAAAAAUCCUAUUGUGAUGGACAAUCCGAUAAAUGCCCGGAACCGACACCUCUGGCCGAUGAAACUACGUGUAUGGAUAGGGGUCAGUGCAGAGCCGGCAAAUGUAUCACAUAUUGUGCGGCCAUCGGACAGAUACCGUGUCUGUGCGAAGAUCCCGAGAAUGCGUGCAAUCGCUGCUGUCGAUCCAAUAGCACAUACAGCACCUGUAGUCCAGUCCAACCCAAAGAUCCACUACUUAACUCCACGCCCUGUAAAUAUGGAUUGUGUCAAAAUAAUAAAUGUGUGGUAAUGCGUGCAAUCGCUGCUGUCGAUCCAAUAGCACAUACAGCACCUGUAGUCCAGUCCAACCCAAAGAUCCACUACUUAACUCCACGCCCUGUAAAUAUGGAUUGUGUCAAAAUAAUAAAUGUGUGGCAUUUAAAAGACCUCUGGAUGUUGUCCAACGACUUUGGGAUGUCAUCGAAAAGACAAAUA